AUGUCUUCCCCAAGCCCUGUUCACAUCAAGGAUACCUUCGGCGCUAUCUUCAUUGGUGCUUUGGUUACAAUGACCAUCUACGGGAUCACGACCCUACAGGCCUAUUUCUAUUAUUUGUCAUUUCCUCAGGAUGGAAUAAAAACUAAGUUAUUGGUCGCCUCCAUCUGGAUUUUGGAUACUAUUCACGCCAUCUUCAUGUGUCAUGCCCUACAUUACUAUCUCAUCGACCAGUUCGGGAAUGCAGCAGCUCUACGAGACGGGACCUGGACAGUAUUUAUGUCAAUAGCAAUCAACGUGAUUAUGGCAUUCAUCGUCCAAUGCUUCUUCACACAACGGAUAUUCAAGCUAAGUCCACUAGAUCGACGGUGGUGGAUUGCUGGCAUCAUCGGGUUUUUCGUAUUUGCGCAUUUCGUAUUCGGAAUUCAAACUGUUGUUUAUCUAUUCAUCAAGAAGCAAUUUUCCAGGCUAAAGGAGGUCGCGCUAAAUAAUGCUCUGCCAUUCGGGAUCAGUGCAAUCAUAUCAGACAUUACUAUUGCCGCCGCUCUUUGCAUGCUCCUACGGAACAGUCGGACGACCUUCGAGGACACCAACACCGUCAUAAACAGGCUCAUAAUCUUCGCCAUCAAUCGGUGUAUUCUUACAUCCGCCAUGGCUAUUCUUGAGACAAUUGUAUUCACCGUACUCCCCAACUCCUUCUACUCACUCGCAAUAGAUUUCGUCAUCGGAAAGCUGUAUGCCAACUCAUUAUUGGCCGUUCUAAAUUCGCGGGCUCGCCUGCGGAGUGGGACAACCCAAGAAGAGUCAAGUGCCACGGAGAUGUCGCUGAGGUUCAACGUGACCUCCGCUGUGGCGAACCACCAAACGAGCCUGCUUCAGGUCCGCACACGGGACAGAGACAGCCUCAGACGGAGUAACAUCGCAGACGAAGAGAAGGGAGAUCAGCGGAUAGUAACGGUCAGCACGACCGCGAGCAAUCACUCAAGAAAGGACGGCCGAACGCUGGACGAGGGUUUGGCUCUGUAA